AAUUCUAUGUAUAGUGGCCCAGUGGGUAAGGAGUUGCAGAAAAUCUUAAUUCCUAAAAAGGCCACUUUUUUUUUAAAAAAAAAAAAAAAUUAAUACCCUUUGUUUCUCUGCAGUUUCAAUUCCACCUUCAAUCAAAACUCCUCUGUCUUAUCUCUCUCUUCUAUUACCUUCCUUCACUCUUACGACUAUCGCUUUCGCACUUCUCUCUCUUCGAUUUUGAUUUUGGGUUUGUUUUUUUAAUUUAUAUUUUCCCCCUUUUCAAUUUUGUUCAUGGUGUUGAGCGUGUCACGGUAAUUGGCGGGAAGUAACCGUCAAUUCCGAUAGCCCUUUGGUGUAAAGCUUGAAAUUUGAGGCGUUUGAAGGAAAAAAAGGGUUUAUCGUUUCGUCGUGGAUGGCGAACCCAUCUGGGAACCAUCAAGAACACACGCACGUGGUGUCAUCUUCUGCUCCGGAGACUUCAGGUGCGGCUCUCGCCAUGAAGCACAACCCUGGCAUAUCCCUCGAUUGGACCGCAGAAGAACAAGCCAUUCUCGAAGAUGGACUCUCCAAGUAUGCCUCGGAAUCCAACAUAGUACGCUAUGCAAAGAUAGCCCUACAGCUACAGCAUAAAACGGUUCGUGAUGUAGCACUGAGAGUCAGGUGGAUGAAUAAGAAAGAAAAUAGCAAGAGAAGGAAGGAUGAUCAUAAUUUAACUCGGAAAAGUAAAGAUAAAAAGGAAAGGGUUUCUGAUCCUGCAGUAAAGUCAUCUAACUUCACUGCUCGAUCCAAUGUCUCCCCAUAUGCUCCACCAAUGAUUACAAUGGACAAUGAUGAUGGCAUCUCUUAUACAGCAAUUGGAGGUCCCACCGGUGACCUAUUAGAGCAAAAUGCACAGGCCUUGAAUCAAAUCUCCACAAAUCUUUCCGCUUUCCAGAUGCUUUGGAAGCCAUAUUUGAGAGUGGGGUUUCUUCAAUAACUUAUCUGAAAGCAACAAAACAAAGGGAAAGUAGAUGUGAACAAGUAUAUGCUUGAGUUAUUUUUAUUAUUUAUAAUAAUCAUUAUCAAUGCAUAUUUUCUUCAAAUCAAUAACCAAAAAAAAAUGUUUAUUUCCAAAUCAAUACUGAUGCAAUGUUUAUAAACAUGCCUUAAUUCUGAAAUCAAGAACACAUAAUUAAGUUAAAAUACCAAUACAGAGAAUGAAGUGUCAUUACCUUAUAUUGACAGAAUGAGAAUAACAUUUCUAUGCUCGGUUUAGGACUGCUUACAUAAAUGCAGGUAAUUGUACCCUGAGUAUGUUUAUGUUUUAUAUAUACUCACUGAAAAUUUCCCUUUAUGCUUUUAUUGUUUUGUAUCUUGUGCUAACUGAACUACCUACCUGGCAUAGCAAAUCUUGGGAGGUAUUGAAACACUGAAAGUGUGGAACUGAUUACUUCUGGGAUAGUUCAUACUUCAUAAUGUCUCUGCUUGAUGUUCUGAAAGUGGUGUUCUAGUUUUUUUAUUUCUUUUUUGGGUCCAUAAGCGGUGUUCUAGUUUAUCAGUACCAUUUCCAUUCUUAGGCCAUUUUUUGUGGCUGUAAACCUCACCUGUUAUUUGUUUCUGCUCUCUUUAUUUUUUGU